AUGGCCUGGGAACAACAACCACUCCCGACAAGCGACUGUCUUGCGUCGACUGAGAUUCCAGAGUGGGCCGCAGGCGGCAGCACUGUGACGACGGGAUCUGCGAUCCCCAACGCUGCGCUACCGCAGAUGGCGAUCAAUGUCAAUCCUACUGUGCCACCGACAGCAACAAUCGUGUUUCCAAAUGCCAGGGUCGAGAUCCCGCGUCAGCAGUCCCGUGUCAUCCGCUCCCUUCGACGGGUUCCCCGCGCAUGCCACUCUUGUCGACAGCGUAAGAUAAAAUGCAGCGGCGAGACCCCGAUAUGUCGGAAAUGCUCCGAGUUGGGUGUCAGCUGCGAUUAUCCUGCAGGAUGGAAGGAGAGAAAAACAAGGCAACUUGAAGAGCUUGCUAAGAAAACGCAAGAUUAUGAAAUCUUUUUGGAGACUUUGGGGGGUACGGUUGCAGAUUCGGCCGCGGACAAAAUCCGCAGGUUGUUAGAAAAGUAUAACUCGAAGAAAGAUCAGUCUUCAGGGGAUGCAUCAUCCUCACAAUCACCCAUCCCGCCCUUCGGGGUGACCGAUCACAUAGAAGAGGAUUUUAAUCGAUGUGAGGGCUCAAGAGCAACUGGGUUUGUGGGAAAGUGUUCACCAAUACACUGGAUCCAAGAUCUCGAAAGAGACCAUGAGCAACGCUCUCAUUUCGAGGGCAGCCAGAAAGAAGAGAACAAGGUGCCCUUCCAUGCGGUAAAUUUCCAUCUCGAUGACCUAACAAUUCUUCCAUCGUGUCCGGUCGAGGCAUAUACUAUGCCCCCACGGCAUCUAGCCGAUCAACUUUUCGAAACUUACCUAAACACGGUCCAUUCUUCAUUUCCCAUUCUCAACCGAACUUUACUGAGAGCCCAAUAUCGAACCUUUUUCGAUACUGGGUCUCGACCGUGUGAUAAGUGGCUCGCUAUUCUCAACCUCGUCUUUGCUAUUGGGGCCUACUAUGCCCAUGUCGUUGAUGCACCUUGGCGUGGAGAUCACGACGACCACCUUAUAUAUUUGACUCGGGCGAGAGUCCUCAGCUUGAACAGUGAUGCGCUAUUUGACCACGCAGAUCUCCAGCAGGUCCAGGUAGAAGGCUUGACUGCGUUUUAUCUCCUUUCAUCACACCAAAUAAAUCGAGCGUGGCGAACACUGGCUUUGGCAAUGCGGUCCGCAGUCGCCCUCGGCCUCAAUUUAAAAAAUACCUCCGAAACAAUAUCAAGUGUCUCCAAGGAAGCCCGCUACCGUCUCUGGUGGUGUCUAUAUACAAUCGAGCACACGCUAGGUAUCAUGACAGGACGGGCUACCUGCCUUGUGGACCGGUCAUACACAACACCGUUACCACUCCCAUUUGAAGACGAUCAACUACGAGUCCCGGAAGCCGCCGAGGUCCUCCACGACUCAACAAUCCGAGACGAGCGGAUCAAUAAUGUCAUGACGAGUUCGCGAAUUAUUUAUACGCCACUACAUCCACUGAAUGGCGAGGACGGUCAAUAUCACUCUGCAGUACAGGACAAACUAUGGCUCAAAAGCCUGCAGAUCAAUUCCGGGCUUUACUAUCUUUAUCGCUGCGAUCUCACGGUCAUCGCGCAAGAAAUUGUCAGAGAGUUAUAUUCAAGUGAUAACAUGGCUUUGGAGAAGGAACUCGAGCAGCGGGUUGGUGAUCUGAGAACCAAGCUUGAGAUAUGGCGCUUGAAUCUUCCACCAGAAUUUGAUUUUGCUCAAGAGCAAACCGAGCACUCUGCCUGGCUUCGCUGCAGAUUGUCACUGGCGUUCCAAUACCACAGUGCCCGGAUUAUACUCGGCAGAUCAUGUCUCUACCGCCACGAAGCGAAUCAAACAGGCCCUGUAGAUAAGACAGACUUCAGCCACGAGAUGGCCGUGCUAUGUCUUGAAUCUGCUAAAUGCAUACUUGGCCUUCUCCCAGAUGAGCCGGACGUGAAGCAGCUGUACGAAGUUGGGCCCUGGUGGUGUGUCCUGCAUCACUUCAUGCAGACGACAACAAUACUACUGCUGAUGCUGUCUUUCGGGAGCUUCCAUGGGCUCGAUGAAGAAAGAAUAAUCAUGGGACUAGUGGAAAAGUCUUUGCGGUGGCUAUUUGUGAUGUCUGGACAAUGUAUGGCCUCGCAGCGCGCAUGGCAGCUUUGUGAUCGCGCUUUUCGCAACCUGGCUGAAUCAUGA